AUGCAGCUGUCAUCUCUCCUCCUCGCGGCGCUGCCCUCGAUGGCUCUGGCCGGUACGGCCUACACGGCGCCUGCGGCGCUCGCUGCCGUGGCCAAGGACAACAGCAACGACUGCGUCCUGCCCGUCUCGUACCAUGUCCUCCACUUCAUGGGCGGCAAGAAUGCCAGUGCCUCGGACCUGGACAAGUACCACUUCAAGUACCGCAACACCAACACCAACCUGACGACGUCCUGCUCGUGGGACACGACCUCGACUUCGACGACUCCUGAGGGCCUCACGCCGCGAUUCGCGUGUGCCGACAGCAAUGUCAAGUUCAUCUGGCAGGGAGACCAGAACCGGUUAACCGUGAUCGAGCGCGUGUGCCCCAACACCCGAGGUGUUCCCUCCUACGAGGUCGCCGGCAGCGCCGAUAUCCCCCUGCACUGCGGCAGCUCCGGCGUCUGCAAGUCCAACCAGACGGACACACUCGCCCUCUUCACCAGCAUCAACCCCGUCCGGGACCCCACCCACCGACGCGACAACGUCGUCCGCAACAAGAAGACCAGGGGCGUCGCCUGGUCCUACGACAUCUAA